CUCAAUAUGCGCGGUGCAUUCUGGGUCCACCUCAAGAUGGCGGCGCCCUUGCGCAAGUGUUGAGAAACAGUGGCUGAAAGUCUGAUUAAAAUUAGCCACAGUUCUACAGUGUUGAUCCAUCAUCAAAAACAACAGAAAGUGCACGGAGAGAGACCGUCGAAUUAAAGUAUCGAGCGCCUGCCGUGGCUCACGCAGAGUGUGUGUUUAAGGAUGAUCAUGGGCCACUGCGCCUGACCCAGAACCAAACGGAGAGCCAUCGCAGAUCCCCCUGCAAACACCUCUUGAUCCAGCGCCUUCAGAUCCUCUACAGGCUGUGGACGUUGCCAUUUAAGCUGCUGACGGGAGUGAUCUGUGUGAUCGUCCGCGGACGCAGCGGAUCUCCAGCUCAACCUUUGGAGAACUCUGCUGAUCAGAGAUUCGUUAUGAAAAUGGAUGCUGAGCUGCUUCACUCCCCUGUGGUUGGUCUGGCCGAGGAGGAGGAGGUGGACAUGACUGACUGGAACCUUCCACUGGCCUUCAUGAAGAAACGCCACACAGAGAAAAUUGAGGGAUCCAAAGCUUUGGCUCAGAGCUGGAGAAUGAAAGACAGGAUGAAAACAGUGAGUGUGGCUCUAGUUUUAUGUCUCAAUGUUGGCGUGGACCCUCCUGAUGUAGUCAAGACUUCACCCUGCGCCAGACUAGAGUGCUGGAUAGACCCUCUGUCCAUGAGUCCACAGAAAGCCCUGGAGACGAUAGGGGCCAAUCUACAGAAACAGUAUGAAAACUGGCAGCCUAGGGCCCGCUAUAAGCAGAGUUUGGAUCCUACAGUUGACGAGGUGAAGAAAUUGUGUACUUCACUGCGGAGAAAUGCCAAGGAGGAACGUGUUCUCUUUCAUUAUAAUGGCCAUGGAGUGCCUCGACCCACUGUCAAUGGAGAGAUCUGGGUCUUCAACAAGAACUACACACAGUACAUCCCACUCUCAAUCUACGACCUACAGACGUGGAUGGGAAGUCCCUCCAUCUUCGUGUAUGACUGCUCGAAUGCAGGGAUCAUUGUCAAGUCAUUCAAACAGUUUGCAUUGCAGAGGGAGCAGGAGCUGGAGGUGGCAGCAAUAAACCCUAACCACCCACUGGCUCAGAUGCCCCUGCCUCCCUCCAUGAAGAACUGCAUUCAGCUGGCCGCCUGUGAGGCCAAUGAACUCCUGCCCAUGAACCCUGACCUCCCUGCUGACCUUUUCACCUCCUGUCUCACUACACCAAUCAAAAUUGCCCUACGCUGGUUUUGUAUGCAGAAGAGUGCAAAGCUGGUGCCAGGAGUGACCUUGGACCUAAUUGAGAAGAUCCCGGGCAGGCUGAAUGACAGAAGGACACCAUUAGGGGAGCUGAACUGGAUUUUCACAGCUAUCACUGACACAAUUGCAUGGAACGUCCUGCCGAGAGAUCUCUUUCAGAAAUUGUUUCGUCAAGAUCUUUUGGUGGCCAGUCUAUUUCGAAAUUUCUUAUUGGCUGAGAGAAUAAUGAGGUCAUAUAACUGUACACCAGUCAGCAGCCCCAGGUUGCCACCCACAUACAUGCACGCUAUGUGGCAAGCGUGGGACCUUGCGGUGGACAUCUGCCUCUCCCAGCUUCCCACCAUCAUCGAGGAGGGCACAGCUUUCAGGCAUAGUCCAUUCUUUGCUGAGCAGCUGACAGCCUUUCAGGUGUGGCUGACAAUGGGCGUGGAGAACAGAAACCCACCGGAGCAGCUGCCCAUCGUCCUGCAGGUCCUCUUAAGCCAGGUACACAGACUGAGGGCACUGGAUUUGUUGGGGCGAUUUCUGGACCUGGGCCCUUGGGCCGUCAGUUUGGCUCUUUCAGUGGGGAUUUUUCCGUAUGUGUUGAAACUGUUGCAGAGUUCAGCAAGAGAGCUCAGGCCUCUUUUGGUCUUCAUAUGGGCAAAGAUCUUGGCUGUAGAUAGUGAGCUGGUCAUUGCUCUUAGUCACCUAGUCGAACAGUAUGAGAGUAAUUUCUGUACUGUGGCUCUGCAGUUCAUGGAGGAAGAGAAAAACUAUGCUGUACCCUCUCCUGCAAAUUCCACAGAGACAGGAAAUGUUACCCUGGGUAGGGACAGUCCUGCCAUCCCUCGUUUACGAUCAGUGAACUCCUAUACAAACCUAAGAGCUGCCACCACUGCUCGAACCCUCAAUAAGAGUCUUCAGAACCUCAAUCUCAAUGAGGAGGGUGGACCAGCAGCAUUCUCUCCAGGGAAUCUGAGCACCAGCAGCAGUGCCAGCAGUACUUUGGGCAGCCCUGAUAAUGAUGAAUACCUUCUCUCCUUUGAAACCAUCGACAAGAUGAGGAGAGUCAGCUCGUACUCUUCCUUGAAUUCUCUCAUUGGAGUGUCUUUUAACAGUGUAUAUACUCAGAUUUGGAGGGUGCUACUGCAUCUUGCAGCUGAUCCAUUUCCAGAUGUCUCUGAUCUGGCCAUGAAGGUUCUCAACAGCAUUGCAUACAAGGCCACCAUGAACGCUCGUACACAGAGGAUUCUGGACUCAGGAUCUCUGACCCAAUCAGCACCUGCCAGCCCCACCAGCAAAGGAACACUCAUACAUCAAGCAGGCGGAUCUCCACCUAUGCCUGGUGCCUCCAGCUCCAGCCUCACCAAUGAAGUGCCCAAACCGCCGGUCCGAGAGGGGCCGCCCUCUCGUCUACCAUACACACCAACGCUGGGUGGUCAGGCGCCCCACUCACAGCAGUUCCCACGCAUCAGGAAGAUGUUUGACAAGGGCCCUGAUCAGACUGCUGAGGAUGGAGAUGAGGCCGCCGCUCACAGGAGCUUCAUCAGUGUGAGUCUGCAGACGGGUCUUUGUGACUGGAGUGCCAAAUACUUUGCUCAACCCGUCAUGAAGAUUCCAGAGGAGCAUGAUUUGGAGAGUCAGGUUCGUAAGGAGAGAGAGUGGAGAUUCUUACGCAACGCACGAGUACGCAGAAAAAGCCAACACAUCACUCAAAGAGGAGUGACACGGUUAGAUGAUCAGAUCUUCAUUAACAGAAACCCAGGUGUUCCAUCAGUGGUGAAGUUUCAUCCAUUUAACCCCUGCAUCGCUGUAGCUGAUAAAGACUCAAUCUGUUUUUGGGACUGGGAGAAAGGAGAGAGGUUGGAUUAUUUCUACAAUGGGAACCCACGAUACACACGCAUUACAGCUAUGGAGUACCUUAAUGGGCAUGACUGCUCUCUCCUCCUCACUGCCUCUGAUGAUGGAGCUUUGCGAAUUUGGAAGAACUUUGCUGACCAGAGGAAUCCAGAGAUGGUCACAGCGUGGCAGGGGCUGUCCGACAUGCUGCCCACUACACGAGGUGCAGGUAUGGUGGUGGACUGGGAGCAGGAGACUGGCCUCUUGAUGACGUCAGGUGAUGUUCGAGUCAUACGGAUCUGGGACACAGAAAGGGAAAUGAAAGUGCAGGACAUCCCAACAGGAGCAGACAGCUGUGUGACCAGCCUGUCAUGUGAUCCUCAGCGGUCACUGGUAGCUGCAGGUCUUGGAGACGGAUCGGUUCGAGUGUACGACCGCAGAAUGGGACCUAACGAAUGUCGUGUGAUGACUUAUAGGGAACACGGUGCUUGGGUGGUGAAGGCACAUCUGCAGAAGGAGCCUGAGGGACACAUUAUCAGUGUCAGUGUUAAUGGAGAUGUGCGGUUCUUUGACCCACGGACACCAGAAUCAAUUAACAUCUUGCAGACAGUGAAAGGACUGACGGCUCUGGACAUCCAUCCACAGGCAAACUUGUUCGCUUGUGGCUCUAUGAAUCAGUUUAUAGCUGUGUAUAACUCCAAUGGGGAUGUGAUCAGCAACAUUAAAUACUAUGAUGGUUUCAUGGGGCAGAGAAUUGGAGCCAUCAGCUGCCUGGCCUUCCACCCUUACUGGCCUCAUCUUGCCGUGGGCAGUAAUGACUACUACAUGUCCAUCUACUCAGCAGAGAAGAGACUCAGAUAACAUCAUGACCGCUCACCUUUGACCCCUGCUUGCCCCCCUUGGAUGUAAAUGACUUCCUGUAAAUAUGCAACAACCACAAUGAAUGUCUAAAGAAGGCUGCUGAACCCACACAUGAUGACU